CACCAGCACACUCUGUCAGGAAAGCAAGUGGUGCCCUCCCCUUCAUGCUGUGUCUCUGCCUGCCUCCUACAGCCAAGAAAGCCCCAGUUAACGUUCUCCAGCUUUGCCAUGGUCAGGAGACACCCAGCCUGGCACUAGGACUCUGCAGGCACAGCUACAGAGAGGUAUAACCUGCCCUGCCAGUAAACCCAGGCAGAGUUUUGCUCCUCUUGUUGCUCCUGACGGACUCUCUCUGGAAGGUCGCCUUGCGUGCCGCCACCAUUACGUCUCUCUCUCUAAGCCCAGAAGACCUACCAGCACUGUGCUGAUUCCCCGUUGCACCUGGAACAUCUGGAUGUGACGAGAUAUUGAUGGUGUUUCAGACCUCCGGAUCUGGGAUGUUUCACUCCCUGAAUGGUGCGUCCAGUGCAGAAUGGCGACCACAUGUCCAUGGGAAACGUCUCCCUCCUUCCCCAGCAGGAAGACCCAGUCUCACCUCUCCACCACCUCAGUCCAGAGUUGGAGGAUGUGAGGCAACUCUGGGCCUCCGUCUGGAUGACUUCAUUCCCUCACACCUCCAGAAAAGCUCAUCUUUCGCCAACAGCAUGGGCCCGACUUCCCCUAGAGCCACAUCUACUCCACAGAGUGUGUCACAUCGCAGGGUACCUGUGAUUCGUAACUGUGGUUCUAACACCCUGAACUUUGAGUUCCAUGAUACAGCUCCCCGCACAGUGUGCAAUGGGAUAUCACCACCAUGGAAAGCAACCCAGGGAAGUUCAGCAACCAAUUGGUAUCCAACCUGGCCUGCUAAAGACAUUAAACCACUGAAAUCUCGAGCACCCCCUGCUCUCUGCCCAGCUGGUUCAGCCACAAAUGAAGCUGUCAAUGGUAUAGCUCAACCUGGCUGGUCUGCGACCUGGACAAAAGAUGGAAAGAGAAAGGAAAAGCGCUGGGUGAAGUACGGUGGCAUUGGGCCAGUGGAUGAGUCUGGGAUGCCCAUUGCCUCUCGAUCGAGUGUGGACAGCCCUCGGGACUGGUACCGCAGCAUGUUCCAGCAGAUUCACAGCAAACUUCCUGAACCAGACCUGAACUGGGACUUCCACAACUCCAGAGAUCCCAGACCUCCAGGACGUGUGCUGAAAAGCCGACCACCAGCUCUAGUGUCAAACAGUCCCUCUUGCCGACAGAAUGGCUUGGACUGGAGAAGUUGGGAAGUCGCUGAUACUGCAGCCAAGGAGCCCAAGAGCAUUUUUGACUAUGAACCUGGGAAGUCGUCCAUCCUUGAUCACUCUGACUCGCUGAAGAAGCCCCCUACAGCAUCCCCAUCAUCAAAACGCCACACGCCAUCCCCUCUGAUUGAGGAAUUGCUGGAGAAGGAGCUGCAGCAACUCAGUGAACAGCUGGACAAGGACAUUAAAGCCAUUGAGACACGCCAGCUUGCCCUCAAGAUCUCCUCCUCCUCCUCGGCCCCUGCCGCCGCCGCCGCCGCCGCCGCCCCUUCCCCUUCUCCGGCCCAAGUUGCUGCUGCCCGCCGGCAGCUGCCUGACCUCGGUGCCUCUCCUUCCACGGCACAAAGCUUUCCUGUUGUGCAGGGCCACCUACCGGCUUCUCCACUUAGAAUGGAGAAAGGGAGUCCAGGCUGGGGUAACUCUCCACCCAGGAAUGAUCCUCUGAGGCAUGUUGGGAAAAACCCCUUUCCUGAGACUGCAGAAGUGGUACCGGAUAGUCCGAAGAGAGAUGAAAAGAAGAUGAAAGCUGCUCGCCUCAAAUUUGACUUCCAGGCAGAGUCGCCAAAGGAGCUGACCCUGCAGAAGGGUGACAUUGUUUAUAUCCACAAGGAAGUCGACAGAAACUGGCUGGAAGGAGAACACCAUGGCAGGGUGGGCAUUUUCCCUGCCAACUAUGUGGAGGUCCUGCCUCCGACAGAAAUCCCCAAGCCCAUUAAAUCCCCCACCAUCCAAGUCCUGGAGUAUGGCGAGGCCGUGACUCAAUACAACUUCAAAGGAGACCUGCCAGUGGAACUGUCCUUUCGGAAGGGUGAACGCAUCUGCCUGGUCCGUCGAGUCGAUGGGAACUGGUACGAAGGCCGCGUCUCUGGCACCAGCCGGCAGGGCAUUUUCCCAGCCAACUACGUGCAGGUGGUGAAGGAGCCGAGAGUGAAGAACUCGGAGGAGUUCCCUUCCUCCCCGAGCCUCGUGGUCCGUUCCAUCUCGCCGUCCCAGCCGCAGUCACCCAGCCUGGGCAGCAGGUGGCAGCCUGACGCCUUGCCUCCAAACCCGCAGGUCUCCCUGGCUGCAGACACACUGUCCUUCUCAGCGGGCCAACUUGGGUUCACUUUCCCUGUGUCUCCAAAGCCAGAACCCACGGAGGCUGUGCUUCGCAGACCCCAGAGCGCUCUCCAAGCCGCCUCCUUCAGUCCGCAGAAUCAGAACCCAGCCAAGGCGCCCAGCAGCAGCAGCAACCUGCAGCCUGUCUCCUCCUUCCCAACGCAGGAGUCUUUGCGGCCAGCUGCCCGUGCCUUGGCUUCACCCUCAAGAGUUGGCUUCCCACUACAGAGCCCAGCCCUUGAGAGAACUGCUCCUGCAGCUUCCCAGUCACCUGGCACCGGGCAGGCCUCCGAUGCUCCCCCCUCCGAUAUCCAGUGGACCCCGUACCGGGCUCUUUACCAGUACAGACCCCAGAAUGAGGAUGAGCUGGAGCUUCAGGAAGGGGACCAAGUGGAUGUUAUGCAGCAGUGUGAUGAUGGCUGGUUUGUGGGCGUAUCCAGAAGAACGCAAAAAUUUGGCACUUUCCCUGGGAAUUAUGUUACCCCUGUGUGAUUGACCCUCAAGACCCCAUGUGUGCCAAGUGGAAACGGAGUCAGAAUCGCAAGCGCUUGUGCCCAGUUUCCCCGGAGAGAUGCCCCACAACCUGUAGACAAGGAGCAGAAGGACGGUGCAAGAAUUGGCCUGGGCCCCAAGCUGUGUCCAGCAAGGCCUUGCAGUUCGUUACCUGGACGGAGUCUCCUGUUCCUUGGCCCACUGUCUUCCAGUUUUGUGUCUUGGGUUCUGUGCAUGGGGUGGUUAAAGCCUUACUCCUUUUCCCAGAAUGCACUAUUCCAGUCUUCCCGUGACAAGCAGAAACUUGACCUGAGCAGGCACUGCAGCUCUUACUUAGGCUUUGCCUGCUGCCCCAGCUGAGCUUUCUCCUUAUUGACAAAACUGGAGUCUCAUCCCUUCUUUAGCCUUUCAUGGCAGCAUUGGAGGAGGGAGAUGGACUGCGGGGGCCGCGUGACUGUUCUUCGUCAGAUAUCCCAUCCAGAUAGAUACCGAUUCCUCAGACAUUCCCGGUGCAAUCUUUGGAGACUCCACGGGUAACCAACGAGCCAGCUGCAACUGAUGUGACCUGAACAUGUGCAUUCCUCUGUGCAAUCCCACCGGAAUUGCUGCACCCUGCCCAUUUGAGGCUGCCCCACUAACUGUAGGCAGUACUCUGUGCAGUGAGAGGCGCUCCCUGGCCACCAGUAUUGACAUUUUUGUACCUUGCCUCACCGCCCUCCAAAAAAAAAAAAAAGCGUAGCCAGCUGAACUUUGAUCUAAAGAACCCUAUCAUCUAAGUGACUCAUCUAGAACUUUGAUCUAAACGACUUGCAAUCAUUCCUCUUUCAUACUCAGCCCUGUGAGUGGAUGCCUAAGCAAGGGCUGCUCCCUAGGAGACCUGGCAGAGUUUGUAAAGUCUGCUGCUGGGGCACUUUCCCUCCAAAAGUGCUUGAUCCUUCCCCUCCUCUGACCGAACUAGAACACCUGCUGCAAGGGAUUUAAUAUAGAUCCUGAUCUCAGGGGUGGUAGGAAGGAAGGGGUUAUUCCUCUUAUGGGUACUGACUUCUGGGCCAGAAAUGCUGGGAGUUCCCUGUUCCUGCCUUUGCAUAAGCCCCACAUUGCUCACAGCUACUCCCCAAAUACGCAUCUCACCCCUGCCCUCCAUUGCAGAAGCCAAAACAAGCUAGGGGGGCCAGACAGAGAAGAAGACAGAGCUCCUCCUCCUUUAAUAGGUGCACAGAAGGGGACAUUUCCACAGGUGCGGCUUGUCAUACAGGGGGGUGACGUGUUGUGCUAUAUUGCAGGAAUUGCAGCCUGUCCCAGGAAAUCAGGGCCUGGCUGUUCGCUGCCUCUUUCCAGCCCUGCCUCUUCCUAAUCAUUCUCUUCCGGUGGUCCCCUUUCACCUCCGGAGCCAGGGGUCCAGACCAGGCCAACAUUUCUAGUGAUAAACUCUCCUCUGGCUUCACUAGGAGCUGUUCUUAAAUAUUUAGGACAUGCAGCUGGUGAGAAGCAGGGAGGAAGGAGAAGAGAGGAGGAGACUGUGUUCGGCCAAGAACACCGAGGCAUCUGUGCUGACUCUUGCCUAGCAUUAGCCAUGCGCUCUUCCCCAUGCAGCCGCUAGUCAGCUGUGCAUUGACACAACCGCAGCUACUGGAAAACAAAGCACGCAGGUUGAGACUGGUCCUGGCGGGGCCGAUUCUCUCCUCUGUGAGAGGAGGAGGGCACUGCCCUCCUUUUGAGAUACAGUUUUGCAGCUUGCGGGUUCAGACUCUGCCACCUACCUCAGUGGUUUUCAAACUACUUACCUUCAGGCGACCCUUUCCUGCUGCUGCAGCACCACCACCCCUGUGCCUCUGCCGUGGAAUCCCGUGGACUGCAAAGGAUUCUGCGGCAUGUUCUCGGGCACACGGUUCAUGCGGGGCAUGGGCCGCCUCACCGUCAUCGUGUGAAAACAGAGAGUAAAAUCUGGAGGCAUUUGAGGCUGCAUAUUUGCAGGGGGAGUUGCCUUUCGGGGAAACCUGUCCACCAGGACUGAUCUCCUCCGUGCUGAUUUGCUCCUGGAGAAUCCCAGGGCUCCCCGGGUGGCGAUGAGCUAUCCUUUUGCUAAAGACUGAAAAACAGACUGGCCAGACGCCUGUUGGGAGAUGCAGUGUGUCCUGAGCACCAUUAGAAUCAACCAGCUUCUACAAGAUGAAGGAAGGUGCUUGGUCUGUUUGCUGUGGGAAACGAGGGCUACUUGUGUUAUUGCUUGUACAGCUUCUGCCAAUAAAAUCUCAUCCACAUAAAGCUAAAGGUUAGGGUGACACUUGAUCUCCCUGCUUCCAAACAUACACCAGAUAAGAAGCCAGCGAAGGCAGGGGUGGCCCUGCCAGGAAGCAAGAAGGGACAGCAGCCUCAGCUGGCUGGUUUGGGUGAUAUUGACAGACUCUGAGGCUGAAUUGCUUGGAAGUCUGUCUUGCAGAAUAGUGCUCUCGUGCAACCUCUUCACUUCAGUGGAGCGUCAUGGGGGGGAAAUUCGGGGACAGUUGUGCGCUACAUCUUCACUAGCGAAGGGAUGCUGUUUGCAUUUUCUGGGCACAAACAUGACCAUUCCAUUGUUCUUUACCUGCUAGUGCCUGGCAGGGAAUGCCGAGGCACCCUCAGCAGCAGGGGCAACAGCCAGUCUCUGUGGACCUUAAAAGUCAUGAUCACCUCAAGGAAGGCUGGGUUGUGCCAACGAGAUUUCCUGGAGCUAUUAUUAAUAAGAGAAUAAUAAAAACUGCUCUUAACUUCCAAUGAUGAUCAGGCGUGCACUCUAUGCAGAUGAUGAGAUAAAUGGGCUCUUCUGUUUGGUCUGCAAGACUGUUAAAGCCUAGGAGUUCAGAAAACCACUCCCAGUUCUACCAUGAGGUACAAUAACAUUUGUUAAAUGUCAUUAGCUGUAGCUCCAUGAUAGAACAGCUGCUUUGCUUGCAGAAGGUCCCAGGUUCAAUCCCGGGCAGCAUCUCCAGGUAGGGCUAGGAAAGAUUCCUGCCUGCAGCCUUGGAGAGCUGCUGCCAGUCAGUGUAGAUAGUACUGAGCUAGAUGGACCAAGGGUCUGACUCGGUCUAAGGCAGCUUCCUAUGUUCCUAAGAUGAUAAUUGUAUUUCCUCCCUUUUGCAUCCAUUUCCAUCAAUGAGUUUUUGUUUUGUUUGUCAGGAAGCAAAACAGAGUUGAGGAAGGAGGGACUGUAAGAAGUAUACAAGGGCCACUCGCGGACUGAAGAAUCCCUUUUCUAGGUGGUCUUUCACGUGCCUCUGACAGAACUGCCAACCUUUUAGCUGGCUCUUUUACUGUACCCUUAAGAGUUUGUGCGGCAGAAGCUAAAUUAUCCAAGAGGUUUCCAGUCCAGUGUUCUCUCUAACUUUUUUCAUCUGUGUGUGAAUGAGUUCUGUUCUGGGCGGCAGUAUCAAGGCAUUGUGUGUGCACGUGCAUUCAGGGUAGGGCCUUCCUGAUUCAGCCUGAGCGGGAUCUAAAAUUAACGGAGCAGACAUCAGAAAACUUGUGAGUGCGCGCACAUGAGCACAACUUAGAGGGAACACUGUUCCAGUCCCAUAAUCUUCAUGGUAGGAAAAGCUUCACCUGGUAUAUAUCAACAUGCAUAGGGCUGUUUAAAGCACAGAAGAAAGAUCUGUAAAGCACGCUGACAACCGUAGACUUCAAGCCGCUGGAAUUCUACAUUUACACCCUUCAAAAAAUUUCCUCUGCAGUCUUGCCGGCUGGAAUCUGGAGCUCAUCCCCUGCCCCCCAAAACCCCAAAGCAAAACAAACUGUUGAGAUGCUUGUUUUUCAAGAGCGCAGUGUACACAGAGAUUAGCAUGGGCAUAGCUUUGAAGCAGCACACCUGUUCUUGGCUGGGCUUCUCCUUCUUCCAGCCUUAGUCAUGUUAGGGUUUGGCUGGUGUUUAUUGACCACUUUAAGCCACAGAUGGAAUUUCGGCUUCAGCACAAAACAAAGGGCCUCUUUUCAGCUGCAGACAAACCCAUCCGAUAGACAUGCUUUCAGCUUUUUUUAGCUGCCAUGCACGCCAAAGUGGCUGUGAUCUUUCUUGGGUGCCAUUUAGGAAGGGCAGUUCCCUCCCUCCACUGCAUGGUUUGGUUCCCAUGUGAUUGUUUCUCAGAAGCGCCUUUAUCUCUCGCCCAUCUCUUUGACGGUACUCACUGGGUGGGGGGGGGGCUACCCUUCUAAGCCAUCAAAUAGAGCUACCUGCUGAUUUUAGGCAUGUCUGUGGCAAGCAUUCGAAUCAUAGAAUUUUUGAGAUGGAAGAGGGACCUCAGAGUUCUAGCCCUGCUCAGAGCACCAAAUUGCCUGCAUCCCUGACAACCAUCCAGCCUUGUUUGAAAACCUCUAGAAAGGAUGAGUCCCCCACUGCAUGAGAUGAACUGUUCCAUUGGUGCAGUGCUCUUAGGAAAUUUUCCUAAUCUCUAGCCUAAAUAUACUUCCUUGUAGUUUCAGCUCAUUGGUUCCACUCCUCGGGGACAACAAGAACCCAAGUCUGCUUCUCCUUCUGUCUAUCUAGCUCAGUAUUGUCUUCACAGACUGGCAGCGGCUUCUCCAAGGUUGCAGGCAGGAAUCUCUCUCAGCCCUAACCACCACCACCCCCGAGUACCUGAUGUCCCUUGAAAUCCCCCACCCCCGAGUUACAGUACUAACUGCAUAUACUUCAUAACCUUGUGGGUUUCCAAAUUCUUGUGUGUAAAUCUGUGUAGAUAUAUCAUGUACAAACAACCACUUUGUAUAUAAUUGUGCUUUGGCAACGUACUGUAUGCUUUGGUAGUUUGUUGGUUCAAUAAAAAAAUCUUGUCCUA